CUGGCCUGUGUGUAGAACCUGCCUGGAGAACCCCCAGGUGUCACAAUGAGCCACGGCCCAGCGGCUGGCGGUUAGGGAGCUGACAGUGGCUUCGCAGCAAGUGGCAGGGAGGCCUUGGCAGCAUUUUGAUAGCUUACCAUGUCUUGGUGGAGAAAAGAAGAGGAGGAGGAGAAGGAGAUGGCAGAGGAGGAGGCUGAAGAGCUGGAAGUGGUAGAAGAGGACACAGAGAAAGAGAACAUAGUCUCCUACUCCCCCCUUUCUCCUCAGACGUCAAGCACAGAGCAGGUCCAAGAGCUGAACAAAGCAGAGGAGAACUGGCUCUGGAGCUGGCUCCCGCCUCUCUCCCUGUUCUCCGGGUUGACCACGCUGGCAGACAGGAAGAGAUCUCAGCAGGAGCCCAUCUGUUGCCUGCUGGACAAGAAGAGGCCCCCAGGCAACACAUGCUCCGAGUGCGAGAUCCUGUUCUGCAGGAAGUGUGAGGGGCUGCACUACAACCCGGAUUUCAUAGAGCACUGCAUCCUGGGCCAUGGCAAGGAGGAGCCAGAAGGCAGGGGCUCGGGCCUCAUCAGCCCCAUUCUGAGCGCAGAUUCCAUCAACCUGGCUGUCGCUCCAGGGGAAACAGAAGAUGAAGAAAUAAAGAGAAAAUGAAGUGGCGACUGUAAUCAUUCUCCUUUAUUCCCCCAUAAAUCGCCUGACACCGCAGACAGGCAGAGACUGCAUUGGCAUCAGCUUUCUUGCUCCUAAGAGAAGGUGAGGGGCUGCCUGCAUGACGACUUCUCUACCUGGCCCCGUGUGCUCAGUGAUCUUCCACAGCACACAAGAGACUUUCCAAUAGGACUGGUUGAAAAUUAGCCAUUGGAACUUUUUCCUUGAUGGAAAAUGGGGGGUUUUCAAUUGAACAAAAAUUUCUGCA